UGUCAAAUGGCCAAAAGUUGUCAAAACAUCGCUUUUUCUUGCACUACCUGCAUCCUGGGCAUACAUCGUUUCCAUCGUCUGAACACCAAAAAGGACCUGUAGUUUCUGGUGCAUACUUUUUCACAUAUAAGUAUUUACCGUAUUUACACACCAUAGACAGAAAGUUAAUGAAGAAAUGGUUCUGCUAUCUAACGAUGAAUUUCUUACGCAGCUCACUCUACUUUCUCAAUCAGCCAGAAGCGAUUCGUCUUUCACGAUUACGAUAAAACGAUACGACGGUCAUGAUCGGCCAAAGCCUCGCGAGGGUAAUCCUCCACUGCCAAAACCGGCCGAGUACCAGUGUCUGAUUAGGGCCCGCUCCCGCUCCAAGAAGCUGUCGACUGCAGUGCGGCACGACGAAGUGGCUAAGUUUAUGGAAACCUACUCGAAAGUGCUCAAGUCCAGCAUGGAUGGCCUAAAAAAGAUUAAGAAGGUAAAAAAUAAGGCCAAAGCGGCUCAGGGAUAACGAAACGAUUGAUCGUACGACAGCUGGAUCUGGUUAACAUCGCGGGAAAUCGGGUGGGACAUACAUAGAAGAAAAAUAACAAUAAGAACUCGGUUUCUUUAAGUUACAGUUUCAUAUUCCGUGGAAUUUCCUUUUUAGUUUAAUUAAGCUGAACCUAAUAAACGCUGGAAAGAUUUAUUCGAACUGAA